GAAAUUUUUUGUAUCGUAAUCCACACAUACCCGUUUGUAUACACUCAGUUCAUUUCAACAAAAUUUUAUCAAAUAUUCAAAAUUCGUAGAUUUUAAACAAAUUUCGAUUCUUCUGAAUUGAUAAAGAAAGGACGACGAUUAUGUCCGCAAGUGGACGAAGUAAUAAAAUAAAUUUUUGUGAUUUUGAUGGAAUUAAAAAGAAGGAAAUGGAACGCCGGAAAAAAUUGCGGCUAGAACAGGUGCGAACACAGUCCAAAGAAUUGUCGUCGCAAAUACGUGACCGAGUGGCACGCGAAAAGCAUCGACAACUUCGAAAUGUCGAAGAAAUUAAACGAAAGGAAUUGCUGUCGUGGAAGGAAAAACACGUGAACAAUACAAUGGCCGACUACUACUAUUGCCUGUCCAAUGUGGGCGAUGCACAUGUGGCCGCUGAACGCGAAAAUCAAUUGACCGAACAGCAGAACGAACAGCAGCGUAAAAAUCGCAAAAUUGCUGUUCAGCGUGGACGGGAUGCGCUGCAUAAGGAACGAUUGGCGAAUGUUAGGAAGAAGGAGCGUGGAGCGAUUAAGCGAAAGCAGAAUCUUUCUUCAGGUCAUGAAAUUGGGCCGAACACAGUGAAUGCCACCGAAGAAGUCAGUCGAUUAAUGUCGAAUGACGACGAUCACCAGCAGAGUGAAUCUGAUGAUGAAGUGAUAGCCAAAAAUGUUGACACCGUCCGAGACACCUCGAUAAGAAGCCCAGGGAAACACCUGGCAGACGAAUUGGUAGACAAACCGAAGGAACAUUCGAUGUUCCGAUUUACAAAAGUUUCCGAUUUGAUAGAAGAGCGUCGACGCGCCAGACAUGUGUGCGAUCAAAUAUUGGAAAGUGAAUUCGCUACAGUCCAGCCAGAAAUCCACUCCACAUCUUCACAAAAAUCACCUCAGUCGAAACCGUCGCACGCACCAAAACCACCUCAACCAAAACUGUUCCAUGCACCAAAAUCACCUCAAGCGAAACCGUUGUACACUCCGAAAUCGCCCAAACAACCAACGAAAUCUACGGUACAACGAUCACCCGUAUCGGCCAAAGGUUUCGUGCCAAAAUUACCCACAGCGGGAAGUAAAGGUUUCAAUUCACAACGAAGUGUGGUUGGAAAUGCCAGAAAGGUUAUCUCACCGAACAAAGUAGUCAAACCACGGAAUGUCGUCACAUCAUCGAAAUUCGUCUCACCGCAACGACGGGAAUUCGUUCCCAGAUUCAACAUACCGGGAAUAUUAAAAAAUAAACCGGCACCAGAGACAACCAAGGAAGUGACAACCGAAUCAAUCGAAAAGGUUCAAUUCUACGAUCAUUUCAGUCGGUAUGGCAAAGAAUACGAAGCUGUUCCGGGUAUGGUCGUACGAGAAUCCCAGGACCAGGCGAUGGAUGCUAACGAAGCCGCACGUGUCCAGAACGAAAUGGAUGAACUUCGGUUCAAGCAGUUGGAGGAAUGGAAACGGAAGUCCGAGCAACGCUCCAUUGAAUCACUGCAACGGAACCAAGUUCGCAAAGACUAUGACAAUCUCACCAAGCAACUGGAUGCGUUGUGCAAGGAAGAGAAUAGAUUGCGAGCGUUUGCAAUGCCACCGGACCAAUUCUCCGAAGAUCGAAUCAGCCAAUUGGCUCGGAAUCGACAGCAAAGUAUGAAUCGUGCGUUUGAGAACAUUCAUCAUCGACCGGUGGUUAUCACUUGUCCUCCGAUCGGAACCAAUGAACACAGCAGUUCGUCUGACCUGAAUGUGGCUGCAUCGCCACCGACAGACAAACAACGACCGUACGUCGAUCCAUUGGAUUCAUCAGACAGUUGCACGUCGAUUUUGCUGGGAUACGUGGACAAUCGCUCCAGGAAACUGGUUAAAGACAUCAAGCAAUGCAAAGACGGUCCGGAUGGUGACAAACGGAAAAGGCUGGUGACAUUGUUGACCCGACUCGAUGGUCUGCGUAAGGUAUUGAUGGAGGAAAUUGUGCGCAACAGCAGCCUCAAUUUGGAACCAUUUUAUCGGUCGGUUUUGGAAGUCGAAACGGAGCAGAAGGAAAUUCUGCACGAUCCUCUAGCGAACAAAGAGAAUGGCGACACAAGAGAGCGCACCGAACCGUUGAACCUGCGUGAACAGUCGCAGGAGAUGAAAUUGGAGAAGAAGAUACGAGAAUUGUUUCGUAAGGAACAGGCGAAAGCAUCGCGAAAUGAUAAUACAUUCGAGUCGGUAACCAGCGAAACGAUAGGGUCCCGCGACGAUCCGGAGCCUGUGAAAAUUUUGAUCGAAGUGAAAAACGGUGCGAAAAUACGAAAGUCAAGCAAUCCGAAGAAUGCGGACGCUCACAUCGUUGUCGGUCAACGCGAACGUAAGACAUCCGUGGUAUCGUCGGCAUCCACUGCUUACCGAAGUCCGCCAGCAACUUUUCACACCGACUUUACGAAAGUUUUAUCGAAUCAGGCAGAUGCGCUGGCCAGAAAAUCAUCGACGCAACCGAAUGAAAGAACCAAACCACUUGAGCAGACACCGCUGGCUCACUACAUUACACGACUGUUGGGUAUGUCUCAGAAGUCUGUUGAUCAAUUGGGCGUUAGCACGGGUUCAAGCAUAACAACACCGUCUGACUCAGUGAUUGAAGUGGCCGAAAACAGAUCGGUUAUCGAUGCCAGCCACUUGAGCAGAGUUCAAGCGAAAAUCGAUGACAGUCUUCGGUUGGUAAAAGAAGUCGACGACUCGUUUAAACAACCUAAGAGGCAGACGGCGACGAAAGUCGUGACUACAACAAAGCAUACGGGAACAAAGGAACGGGAGGUCACACCAUCAGAGGAACGGCAAGCACAAACGAACAGACACGCAAACAGGCAUCAUCAUUCCAAUGUAGCAGCAAAAACGCCGGAAAAAUCGAAGAAAGUGACACACAGAAGUAAGUCGCAAUCGGAUUCCAUCGGUCAUGGUGGCAAUGCUGUAGAAGUUGCCAACAUUCCUGAGAAUUCGAAACGGAUAAUCGCCAAUCUGACGAAGCAGAUUGAACAAGUGCGACAGGACAAACAGAGAUUGCUCGAAAAGACUUUGUCAUCUGCCCAGAGCAGCCAUUCGUCGAGUGGCAAGGACUUUGAUUUAACCGAAUACAAAGACUUCGUCACAGCAUCCAAGCCAACAUCUAAACAGCCAGAUGAAAAUGAUCGGUCGAGUCAAGCGUCCGACGUUCAAAGUUCUCCGGGUCAAUUUGUCAACGAAGAGGCGAAGAACUUGAUGAGCACCAAGCAAAUUGGCAUAAGCUUCAGCCGAGACAGUGGAAUCGGUUCAAGUCGGCCAGUUACAUCCACCGAUUUUCGCAUCAGUCCGGACAUUAAGCUGGCGGAAAAGUCAACGCCGUCUCAGUUUACGCAAGUCUUGGGUGCUGAUCCACCAUUUGUGGGAGGCGAUCCAUUGGCGGCACCUGAAGAGGCUGUCCGAAAAUCAGUGGAAACCGGAGUGAGAAAGCCAGCGAAGCCACCGAUUUCUCUGAAAAGAUACAGUCCGCAGCUUGACACCGAACAACUUCAACCGCACGAUCUUUCCACGAUCAAUGAAGUUGAAACGUCGGCCGCAUCCCGACUCAAUCAGUCGACACGAAAUGAAACCAGUGGCUCGCCGGUGCCGACUCCAUACACCAGAUUUCCAACAUUUGCGGAAUACGCGAAAAUGCAAGAGAUUGAGUCCGUUGAUGCGUCCAGCGAUGUCAGUUACAGUGAAACGAUUUUGAAGAAAAUGCUGGAAGUGACAUGUCUGAGCGAAACCGAUUUGAAUUAUCGAAAGUUCGACAGAACGCAUCCCAAGGACAGGACGAACAACGAACAGUCGACAAACACCGGGACAUUUACCGAAUUCAUCGAUGUGGAGAAGGAAAUGAAGCAACGACGAUUAAUGGAACGAGCAGACGCUUCGUCGACUAGCGACUCGAAACUGAUAUCAUCGUCAACGUCCAGCGACAUAUUAGCCAAGGACUUCAAUCGCAUCGGUUUGAAUUGGGCAAGCGCAAUGCUGAAGAAAACAUCGACCGCUCAGAAUCUGGAAUCCAGUUCGUCAUCUAUCAAAUCCACACCAAUCGCUGCACCGACACUUAGCGGUGGCAGUUCGCCCGGCGAUCGAAUUAACGGAAACCCGCUGAACAUUCGCGAUUUCUUAGCGCGAGAACUGCUGAAACGGAGCCAGAUGAGUUCAUCGAGCUCAAUGUCCGACAGUUCAACGUUGACCGAUCAGUUCCUGAAAUCGUUGUUGACCAUGUCCAGCGAUUCGUCGUUGCAUCAGCAGGCAACGCUUCGAACCUCAACACCGAAUCGUCUAAAUCAGUCCAGCGAAUCGGAGAAAUUCGUUGCGGCCCAUGACAUCGGUCACACGGCAAAGGAUGAGCAUUUGUUUUCGGGCGAAAGUGUUCUGUCGUCGGUGCGUGGCCUAUCACAAUCGGAGACAUCGGGCGGCAGAGAGACAUCGGAAUGAUUCGACACACACGCGAGCACCUUUUUUGUGAUUUCAUUUUAUUUAUUCGAAAAAAGGAAAAUUUUUUGAUUAAAAAUUGGCCGUCCGGCCAUUUUGCCAUUUAA